CAAACACUUCAACUUUUACAUUUUAAUCACAAUCACUUCUAUUCUCAAACACUACCUACUUUUACUAUAAAUUACUUUUCCAAAAAUCUCUUAAAAAAACCACUUUUGAAAAGCACAAGCAAUCGCAAACACUCCUUUGUGGGUAAUUUUAUCCAUCCCUUUUCUCCUAAUACCCAACUUUACCCUUCUCAUUUCUCAACCAUCCCCAAUAUCUCUCUGUCCUCUCCGUCUCUGUGUCGCACAUCCCCUUCGAAAACUUAGUUCUUGAAGGCUGCUCCAGCCCUCUGUUGUUCAAGUUACAUUGUAAACUAUGGAGAAAAACUAGCACUAAUCAUUACAGCACAAAAGCAGCACCGUACAUUUCCAGAGAGUUAAGUUUCGUUUUUGUAGUUCAGAUACACAUACAAACUAAAUUAGAGUUGUAGGUAUCAGAUUAUACGGAAGGAAGGGUUAGAAUCGAAAAGGUUAGAAUCGAGGAGCUCUGGAGUAUGAGAAAGCUGUUCACAUGGAAGGAAGCUGGGUUAGGUUAUACAGAGCAUUUCGAUCGAUGGGAAGGUGAACAAGAGGAAGGAUAUUUUUGUACAUUCAGAAAAAUAAAAUUUCACAAUCACAUUCAGAAAAAUAACAUUCCAACUUUAACUUUUACAUUUUAAUCACUUUUAUUAUAAAACACUCCCAACUUUUACCAUUAAUCACUUUUUCAAAAAUCACUUUUCAAAAUCACUUUUUGAAAACAUAGCAUGAGUCUUUGGUUAUAUUGUUAAUCCUAAGAAUACUGUCAAGCAAGUGGGCGUGCCGGAGUGGUUAUCGGGCAUGACUAGAAAUCAUGUGGGCUUUGCCCGCGCAGGUUCGAAUCCUGCCGCUCACGUUUCUUUUUUGUUUCAGUAUUCUUUACUUCAUUGAGUAUUAUAUGUUACUCUCUAUUUUUUUUUUUUUUUUUAAUUUUCAGUCUUGAUCUUCCAUUAAAGACAGACACUAACGUCCACGGAGCUCAACGAAUAUACAGCCAGGAGACGGCAUCACUGACGUUUUCCCGUUUCUUUUCUUAAGACUUCGCUGAUAGAUUUAUAGAUCGAACAAACAUUUGGAUUACACAUUUGUAUCACGAGUAGUUCUCUGAUGAAGCCCACCAACCGAUUUUAUAGAAGGGAAUGAAAAGGUCGAGAAUUAUCAGCUCAAUUGUUUUACUUUCAGUCCCGCUGCGAUUUCAUGGCAUCAACAAGCAAAAACUCGACCCCACUGGAUGAGGAUCAGGGAGAGGCGUUUGAAUAUUUUGAUGAUUUCACUUUGGCAUCUUCAUGGGAAAGGCUCAUAUCUGAGGUAGAGGCGGUUUGCAGACAAUGGCUUGCUGAUGGCCCGAGAAAUUUAUUGAAGGAUGCUGUUCCGUUGGAAGCCCCUGAAGGACUUCAUAAGGUCAAAUCUGAACUUAAGUGUGCUACUAAAAGCUAUCUGAUGGAGUACUAUUUUGACACUAAUAGUGAUGGAAAACUCAGUGAUUGGACUCAUGCACUGCAUGGUUUGCAGCUCUCCUUUGCGGUGAAAAACUUUCUGGUGAUUGCUCCCCAAAGUGCAAGUGGUGUGCUUCUUGAUAGACCAGAGGCCACCAAGCUGUUAAGUGCAGUUGCUAUUGCACUAUCCAACUGUUCCAGUUCGUGGCCCGCUUUUGUUCCAGUUCAUGAUCCAUCUCGUAAAGCUUUCAUUGGUAUUCAGAAUGUGGAUACACAUCUCACAAGAAGAUUUGAGGCUGACCGUAUGGGUAGUCAGGUUCCUGUGACGCUAUUGCACUAUGAGGGAUUAUUUGAGCUAUUUGUUUCAAAAUUUGCCUUCAAUACGGAUUUUUCAAUGCAUCUUUUUAAAGUGAACCUCAAGGUUAAGCUGACCUACAAGUCGCUUCCCAGUGAUGAUGAGGAUGAUACCCAAGAAAAUGAUGCUGAAAAACUAGAAUCUGAUGAGGGUCCUAUAAACUACAGGCAUAACAAGACACAGUGGGAUGAUGAUUGCCCUUGGAGUGAAUGGUACACAGUUGAGGACCCAAUAAAGGGAAUUGAAUUGUAUGCUCUAUGGCCUGAGAAAACAGUUGGAAGCUCUGCAGAUAUGGCGGAAUUUGAAAAUGCUUCACCCUUUGAUGCUGAGAAGUGGUUGAUAUCUCCAAAUUUAUCUGAGGCUCUCAGAAAUAAUCGGAAAACCAUUGGAUUUGCAUCACAAUUGCAUUGUUUAGUUGCUGCUCUGGAUAAGUCAUUUCAGGCUCAAUUCAUAGAAGAUUUUGUAUCAGUUGAGAAGUCUGGCUCUGAAGGUUUAAAGUCUACUGCUGUCGUACCUCCACCAACAGUUCUUGAUCGUGUGCUCAAAGAUCUUUUUAAUGAGGCUGAUGAUGUGCAACUUGGUUCCCCUGAAGACGAGCAUAAGAGUUCUCGAGCCAUCAAAGGCGCCCCUCUUCAAUCACUUUUUGCACAGUUCUGUCUUCAUGCUCUAUGGUUUGGAGAUUGCAAUAUACGGGCUAUUGCUGUACUCUGGAUAGAGUUUGUAAGAGAAGUUCGUUGGUGUUGGGAAGAGUCACAACCAUUGCCCCGAAUGCCAGCAAAUGGUGUAAUUGACUUGUCAACUUCUUUGGUUAAUCAGAAAUUGCACAUGCUUGCGAUUUGCAUAAGUAAGAAACAGCAACAGAACCGAAGGCAUCAUGAAGAAGGUGAAAACCAUGAUAUGCUUCGUGCUCAUGUAAAGGAAGAUAAUGAUGUUCAGAGAGAGGUAUAUUCUGAUGGAGUCGUGCAUGAUUCUCUUGGGGAACGUAAGAGGAGAGGAUCUGCUGGUAAAGUGGGCUCAAUGAUGCUUCUGAAAUCACAACAAAGCAUGCACACUCCAUACACCCAGGAUCCACUGCUUAUGACUGAGGACAUGCAUGAAGAACGUCUCCAGGCAGUUGAAGCUUUUGGCAAUGCCUUUAGCUUUUCAGCCAAGUUGGAAAAAGAGGUUCUGUCAUCAGAUAUGUCUGCAUUUAAAGCAGCAAAUCCAGAUGCUGUAUUUGAAGAUUUUAUCAGAUGGCAUUCACCUAGAGACUGGGAAAUCAGUGAUAAUGAAGCAAUGGGAGGGUCAAGAGAAGAGUGGCCUCCGCAAGGAAGACUUUCAGGAAGAAUGUCAGAUAAAGGGAAUUCUUGGAGAAUAAUUUGGAACGAAGCCCUCCCUUUGCCAGCUUCUGAACAGAAACCUCUUCUGGAUCCAAAUCGUGAAGGUGAAAAGGCUCUUCAUUAUUUAGAAACUUUGCGACCUAAUCAGUUGUUGGCCCAAAUGGUUUGCACUUCUUUCAGAGCAGCAGCUGACACACUAAAGCGGACAACUUAUGGAAGUUUGAAACAUAUGUCAACAAAAAUUGACCAACUCUACCUCACCUUGGCAUCAACCUUGAGAUGCUUCCAAAAAAACAGUCUUUCAGUUGAUCAUGAAAUUAUUGAUGACCUGAACCGGCUUUCUUCCAUCUUUGAACAUGUGGAGAAGUUGGUCACCUUUGCUGCUUCUCUUCAUCGUAAGUUCAUGCAGGCCCCACGCUUGUCUGAAGCAAUUUUCAAUGACUAUUUCAACUUCUAUAUUCCUAGAAUGGGAACUGCCUCAGCUGGAAAUUAUACCAAGGAGUUCACAAAGAUGCAACGGGUAAGGCGCCGUGAGAGAGAGGUUGUUGCAAACAUGUUCACCCUGCCCACCGCCAACCAGUCGUGGAGGAAAGUGUUGAGCAUGGGGAAUCUACUAAAUGGGAACGAACCAAUCCUAAGAGAAGUCAUAUUUUCCAAAAGAGAAACAUUAAGAGGAAGUUAUUAUGCUACAAAUAAUACUCCCAAAAACUGUGAGCAGGAGGAUAUAGAGACACAUAGGAUGUAUAUAUGUGGAACGUCAAACGAUCUAAGUGUAGCACUUACAGUUUCCUCUUGUGACUAACUCUGUCUUGCAAUGAAAUUUGUACCUUUCAGUUUCGUUGACUUGUAAAUCAUGUUCAUUUCCUUGCACACAAAAAUCGUUUACCUCGUUUCUGUCUAAAUAUUAUGAAAGUUUUCUACUGUAU